ACACUGAUAUUGGUGACUCGCCAUUAACCAUUUGAUUUUCCAUUUCGUCGCGACGCUUCUUCAAAAUCUCCCACAGUGGCUUGGCAAUAAAAUGGCUGUAACGGAAAGGUUCCUCGCCAUCCUGUUCCACAUACUUCAACCCAUUAUCCAUACCUUCAGGCAUCACUGUUGGAAAAACGUCAAUAAGUUCGUGGCGGGGCAAAACAUCAUGAAGCAUUGUCACAGCUUGAUCACACAUUGGUAAGUCAAACCGAAUUAUUGCAGCUACAACGAGAGGCACCGAAAUGGACUUCGCAGAGGAGCUGUACAACUCCUGCAGCCCCUGAGCUUCUGGAGCGACAAGGCGCUCAAACAAAUUCUUAUAUAACGGCCGAUGUUCUUUUAGCAGACUGAAUAGUUCUUCAGAAGAUUUCGAGCACAGACUUGCUAACAUACUCAAUGAUUUAACAGGAUCCUUCACGUCAUGACCAGCUCUUCACAGGCUUGAUUGAAAUAGAGUGGCGAUACAUAUCCAUAGCUUCAUGAUCGAGUCCUUCGGAUUCGGCUUUCAGUGCCCAGGCACACCACGCUUCAGCGAGCUGCGGAUUAUGCUUCAGAGCCGUUUCUAUCGUAAGAUGAGCUUCUACCAUCGCUCCAUUGGUGUAGUAGAGUAACGCGAGUCGUAGCCACGCUUCAUCGUUAGCCUUGUUGAGCUGAAGAGCUCGAACAAGAUAAUGUUGCUGAAGAGCAAUAGACAUCACGUCUUUCGUUGAGCCAGUUUUCGCCAAUGUUGACAAUCGUUCUGCCUCCGCAAUUAGGGUCCAUAGUUGUGAAUGCAUUUGGGCACACUUACUUAAACUCAUAGCCUUCCGUAGACAUUCGUGAGCCUUCGUCGCGUGUUGCUCUGAUUUGUCGAAUCUGGCUAAAGAAAGUAAAGCUAUCGCUAGGUCGUUCCAGGCCCAUGCGUUCUCACGAUUCAAGUCAAGGGCUACCGAAUAGAACAUGACUGCAGAUCGGAUUGCGGAGAGCCGAUCAGAAACCGACCACGACGACGGAAUCCCAAUCUUUACUAGCAAUUCAUUUCUGAAUUUUAUUGCGUGAAGCAGGGCAUCUGCGGCUAGCUUGUAGGCUAGCGAUAUACGUGGUCGUCUAGCGAUCACACCAUCCAACAGAUUGAAAACCUUCUUCAGAUGAUCCAGUCGUUCGUCACCAAGUGUGCUAUUGAACAGACGCAGGUGAACCUGUGCUUCCAGUAUGUCUACUGCAUUUUUUAGCUGAGGAUUGUGGUUUUCUGUUUCCCGCCAUUUGGUGCACUGUUCAGCUGCUCCUUCCAAAUUGUGCAUACGCAUUAAUACUUGGAUCAAGCAAAUUGCAUAGUCACUGCUGGGAUCGAUUUCCAACACACGCCCGUAAGCAUUCACAGAUGAUUGCAAAUUACCGCGAUAGGAAUACGCUUCUGCUAAUGAAGCCCAGCUCAGAAGCUCAUCCGGGAGAUGCCUUACAAUUUGUUGGAGUUCGCCGAUAGCUGUGUCCCAAUCCUGCUUGCUUUUUGCAAGAUUCGCUAAUUUUCUUCUCAACCACAUCGGCUUCUUGUAAGUUCCCAUGGUGUUGAGCAGAUUCAAACGCUGGUCUAUUGCUUCGCCUAUCUCUUCGUACAUAUCGUCCAACAUCUUAACGUACUCCUCAUUCGUUGGCCGAAUUUUCGUUGCCCUUUCCAGGCAUGAACGGGCUUUUCCAGGAUUUUUUGUCCGUAACACUUUUGCCAGCAAGAAAAAUACGCGGCUCGAACGCGGGUUUAACUUGGCAGCCUGA